AUGGCUCAAGCAUUCGUGAACAGCAACAUCCAGUCUGGGAAGGUGGUUGUGUUCAUCAAGCCCACCUGCCCCUACGGCAGAAGGAUUCAGGAUUCAGGAUUCCUCAGCCAACUGCCCUUCAAACAAGGGCGUUUGGAAUUUGUCAACAUCACAGCCAACGGCGACACCAAUGAGAUUCAAGAUUACUUGCAACAGCUCACAGGAGCCAGAACGGUACCUUGGGUCUUCAUCGGUAAAGAGUGCAUAGGUGGAUGCACUGAUCUAGUAAAUAUGCAUGAGAGAGGGGAACUGUUGACACGGCUAAAGCAAAUUGGAGCUCUGCAAUAAUUACAGAGCAGAUCCAGGCUGA